AUGAGUCGCUCCAAGAGGGGAAUAGCAUCACGGACGAAACUAUCCUGUGCCAACUGCCGGCGACGACACUUUAGAUGCGGCGGGGAGCAGCCAUGUCAGCGUUGCUGGCAAGAUGACCUGGAAUGUGAAUACCCCACAAGACCUUUCAGCCUCAAGGAAUGGUCACCACAGGAGGUAGGCCUGCCUCCAUUACCAGUAGCACUGGAGGAAAAUAGGAGCAAUGUGAGCAAUGUUAGAACUGGUGGCAUCUUCGUCUCAGAAAAUCGACGGGUUGAAUUACAUUACGAAGUUUUGGAUCCGGAAAGAACAAAACCGCCUUCGACUGUGGACCCAAAGCAAACUUGGCUGUCCCGUGGUGGUGUUACGCAGACUGAAGCAACCAUCAAGAAGCCCACGUUAAAUGAUGAUCCAACUGUUGGUUCUGUCAUUCCGUCGUGUCCUCCUCCUCCUCGUCCUCCUCCCAUCACCGAUCCAACCGAGGCCUUCUUCAUGGAGAGAUAUUGCACAAUUCUAGGCCCAUGGUUCGACAUGUUUGACACUCGCAGCAGGCACUGGUCACACUCGGUGCCACAUCUGUCCUUGUCCAACCAAUCCUUGUUCCGAUCCAUAAUCGCAAGCUGUGCGAAGCAAUAUUCCUUGGUAUCAGGGGGGGAGGAGAACUCGUCGAUCUACGCCCUCGACCAGUACAACCGAGGCUUGCAAGAAUUGACUCGAGCCUUGGGUGAUGACGCCGAGUCUACAGUGACAUUGCCCGCGGUCUUUGCGUCCUGUUUGCUCAUAGGGUAUUGCGAAAUGAUCGACGCCAAAGGUCUCGACUGGCAUACGCACUUGAGAGGAACAUUCUCUCUAUGCUUGAGUCAGGGAUGGCACGGACGAUCCGGAGGCGUCGCUCAGUCUUGCUUCUGGGUAUAUUGUCGAAUGGAUCUGCUGGCCUCCAUAGCCAGAGCUCGACAUACCAUGCUCGACCCGUCACGAUGGCUUCCGGACGGAGCUUCUUCGUUGGCUCCGUCGUCGUCGUCGUCGUCAUCCUCCCAUAAUCAUGAUGGUGCUGCUACUGCUGCUGCUGCUGCUCAAGACUGGAACCUCGAUUCGUGGUGCAAUCAAGUGGUGGUUCUCCUCGCCCAGACUCAUAAUUUACUCUGUGACGUCCGACAGCAGCAGCAGCAGCAAUCAGAGCUGCUUGAAGACAGAUGGAACAGAGUCUCCACAUCUCUGGAUAUACACGAGGGUAACCGUCCGGUCGCUUUUCGACCAAUCAUUGACCUGCCGCCCAAGCAUCCGCAGGUGGUACCAUUCAGACAGAUCGUGUACGUGUCAGCUGCGGCAUGUGCGGCGACACAAAUGAUGGAUCUGGCUCGUCUGUUCCUCAUCCUCGCAUUUCCGGACCGCUCACCCGCCGAAAGAAGUGUCCGGCUCACGUCCCAAUCCGUAUCCAGACAGGCUCUCGAUCUGAGUCGCAAGAUCGUGUCGAACAGCGUCACGAAUCGGCACCCCAUCGCCUGGGCCAACGCCGUUCAGUUGUUGUCCAGCGCCGGGACGAUGCUCGUCGGUCGAGCUGAAAGGGCCGCACUUUUACAGGUGUUGAACGACAUCAAGCUCGAAACUGGCUGGAACACGCUCGGCAAUCGUCAAGCCCUGCUUGCAUGGUGGGAAUCUUUCUGGCCGCCAGAUGCUACCGAAGAUCUCGAAGAAGAUACUACGGGCGAUGACGAUGACGAUGACGAGACGAUACGGCGUGUUGGCAGAUGCUUGAUCAGGCUUUCUUCCACCUAG